AUGCGCAACUCUGUUCACCUUAUUUUUGUAGCCGCGAUGGCUAAAAGGGUAAUCGGCAGCGAAGCCCCUGUCCCUGGAUACGGUGUAGAAGUGCUGCAAUGGGAUAUUGAGGUUUCUCCAGGCAGGGUAGAAGUCCUUAAUGGUACCGUUCAGGAGGUCUACGCACAAGCUCUCCAAAUCAACCCCAACUUUAAGCUUAUGCCCGUUUCCGAGAAGAGGGAUUUAUACGAGAGGAAUACUCCCGUCGAAUGCGGCACGUAUAAGCUUGCUUAUAAAAGCGCAAUUGAAGAGGGUAUUAGAUACCUUCGUGGUUUGUCCGGGGCGCCUAGCAACGGGCCUGGCGAUUCCAUCUGUGCUCGAGUUAGCUGUUCCUAUAAUUCGGCCAUCUGGUGGUGCAGUGGCAAGCCAUACCUGAGAACAUUAGGCAGCUGGGAUUGGAUUGCCAAUAGCGCUCAGCAUAUUGUCAACACAUGUGCUUCCGAGGCUGAUAAGGUUUCAGGGCUUAACCAUGAGGGGGAUGAUUGGAGUACGUUUAUCAGCCAUGACGAUUGCUAA